AUGGCCUCAACACCGAACCUUCAACACGGCGUCACUUCGCCCAUUAGGACUUCUGUCCAUCUAUCCUCUACAAAGGAAUUUUCAACGCCUCAAAUAUUUUGUAUUGUAACUACCAAUCAGUUACGCAAAAGCUGGGAUCCGCUAACUAGACUUGUUCAGCAAGUGGGGAAGGACAACUCAACUAUUAUGCCAUGGCGACAAUCUUACAUUGAAGAAGUUUAUGCCUUGCCAUCCCCAUUCAUCAAAGAUGCACAUAUUCACUCCAUCACUUGUCUGGAUCCUAGCUUUGUUAAUGUGGACCAUCAGACAUUAAAAACCGCAAUUAUCUACAGUUCAAUGGCGCCCUCCACCAGAACCAAAGUCCGUCGUGGUGCAACUACUACUGGCACUACAGGCCCCACAGUGUCCGACAGCUCUGUCAUGCACACACGCAGUGGUAUCACUAUCAACCCCCCUACCGACCAAGAUAAUAAACGCAAAAGACGUACUAUCCAUCAGCUCUCUCCUGUUCUGGAUAACCCUAACCACUGUAACAAUGUUCACAGCGCUGGGCUCGGAACCAGCUAUUUUGAUACUGAUGUCAAACAGUAUUUGUCCGACGCACUUCCGACUACCCCGACCCGAGUCCGACAGUCCAAUCCCGACCCAACGCACUUUCCGACAGUCCGACGCAUGUCCGAUCCCGACCCAACGCACUUUCCGACAGUCCGACGCAUGUCCGAUCCCGACCCGACAUUCCCGCGCAUCGCACCAGUCCUCCCUAUGUCCUGUCCAGUCGCAUCUAUCCCCACUAGGAUCGAACGCACUUGCUCUGCAAGUAGUACUAUUUCUGCUGAGCCCAGCAGGAAUCAGCUUUCUACACCGCCCAAAACCUCGUCCUCUGGCCUGACGUACCUCGAGCAUGACCUUCGAAGACUAUGCUCAGAUCCUUGCCCGCCCUCACAAACCAAAACCACCUCUGCCACCGACAAUGAAGAUGAUGGCAUGGGCGACGUUGGCAAUAAUGAUGACCACGACAAAAACCCUAACGAAGGCAAUGACCAGGCUGACGAAGAUGAGGAAAAGGAAGGUGAGGAUGAGGAAGGCAAGGAUGAGGAAAACGAGGAUAAGGAAAAUCAGGACUCCGGAUGUGCAAAGACUUCACCAGUCAGGAGACUUCGGGCCCGAAAGGUCAAGAUGGUCAACUACAAUUUCGAUGAUGGUUCUCCGACCUCUUCGUCGGACAGCAGCUACAUCUCUUCCCACACAAAACGAGAAGAUCUAAUCAAGUUUCCACCCACGAGUCAGAUGCAGAUGAAGACCUCGACCACAACACAUUCAGCUGACGACCACACUCCUGCUGGCAUAGUUUUUGGCCCUACACCAGACAACGAGCCCACUGAGAAUGAAGAAGAACUCCCAGGCAAUCUAAAGCAAGGCAGGCUAUGUCAGGAGGGCAUUGAUGAGGCUCAGGAACUUGGAUGCAAAACAGCAGAAGAAGCUUGGGUCAUUGGCAUCAAGUACGGCAAGUCCACACGCACUAUUCUUAUUGAGGCUGGCCUAUCUAUCAAGCAUUCACGAUCAGAGUCUGAUUGGAAUGCCCACCAAUGCUGGUUCAUGGAUAAUAACCCUUGUGAUAAUAAAGAAUCUAUUGUCGACUGGAAAGAACGUCAACACACACAUUAUCAUGCAAUGGGCAAGGAUAACGAACAGUGGGACACAAUUCGAAAAUAUAGCAUCACUGGCAGCAAUAUUGAUCAAUUGCGUGCCAAGACCAUCUUGUCAAUGAGGGAGGACAUCGCAAGAAAGUUGUCUGCUUAUUCUCACCUUGAAGGAGUCGAGGCUGUUGGUUGUAUAUUUGACACCACACAAGAUGAGGCUGCUCGACAGGUGUCUGGCUUUGUUGCAGGCUCCGACCUCAUAGUCAAGUUAAUUAAUGAGCAUCAACUGGACGCUCGUGCUAUUUUAGAUUGGGUCAUGACGGCAACGAAAGUGAAAGGCUACAAUAUAUCCAUUCCACAUCGAGAAAACCUUUCACAGCAUCUCAAGCUGCUCGUCGUCCCUUUCAUCAAGUGCAAAGCACAUUCCUAUUACGAGGCAGAACUCCGGACCGAAGCUGAGAACUUGUUUGAGAUAGAGAGAAAGAAGUCAAAGGGCAAGCGCAGAGGCCAGGAGCGCACUGUGGAGGAUGUCAUGAGUGAAUUAGAUGUUGAUGUGCCUGAGAUCGAGUUCACAGCUUGGCCAGAUGAAUGUCUCAAGCAGCUCAGUGACGAGGUACCGGAGAUGUUUGACAUCCCCUUGGUGACUAGUACCUUGGAUGUUGUGCUGCGCAAGCUGGCCGACUCAGCGAAAUUCAAGGCAUCUAUCCCUGAGGAUAUGUUGGCAGUUCAUGAAGCACAUUUGCAUGGUCCCAUUCCCUCGACUGCAGAAAUCCUGCCGGGUGGUCAUGAAUCUUCCUCCCCCACUUUGAGCUCCCCAGCCUUACCCUCGAAUCAACGUCACACUACGACAGCCACGCCAGUGCGUCGCCAAGAGGGAAGUCAUCCUACUCGGCUGCCAGAUCUCUUAGAUCAUGAAUCCCACUCUGUUCGGCCUACAACGAGAGGAGAACUCACCGGUGGUGGACCACAACAGGCUAACAUGUCGUUUAAGGUGAAGAAAACUUUGCGGGUUAAACCUACAUUGGCGUGGCGCAUGGAGGAGCAUCCCACUCGUUCUCAUAAUGCCACAGACUUGGAAUGCGAGCCCUACCCUCGUCGUGAGGACAUGAAUUUCAUUGCCUCAAACCUCCAUCAAGAAUAUUUGCUUUCACCUCCUGUGUACCCAGAGCGAGCCAAGUCCUCUCAUGCAAGGUACUAUCAGCCCACCUACAGACCGCACGAGACAACUCCUUCUGCAGAUAACGGGGACUAUUCUCACCCUCAACAUCAUUACUCACGCCGUCAUAAUUGGGAUGAUGACCAAAGUCAGAGGUUUCAACGCCACAAGUUGUUGUACUUCAUGUACCUCUUCACAUCAGUUGCUGUCUCCUGCGCAGAUGAAGCUUUGAUGUGUCUUCGUAUUGUACUGCUGGAAAAAUGGCAGUUGGUCAUCUCCCACUUAGACUUAUUUUUCUGCGCAGACAAGCGGGAAUACUAA